UCAGACUACAAUGACAAGAUUCUCUGGAAAAGACCGCACCAUUCCGACUCGUAUAUUUCUCCUGGUUCCUUCCUUUCUUCACUGAGAAAAAAUCGUAAGAUCAUCUACGAUAUACUUGUCAUACAUAAAAUCACAAGUUCCUUAUCCAGCUAACUUUCAUCCAUAUACCUACUGGCACCUCGUAUCACUCUCACUGUCUAUCACACAACACCUUGCAACGAUCUUCAUAUUUAUUUCCGUCUUUGUACGAUUAAAGGAACGUACUCUGGAUCCGAGACUCCUCGUUUGGAUUGCUUCUACAUGUUUCAUCCUGGGUUAUGUUACCUGGGAAGUACUCGACUGCCUCAGCAAAAGGCCGAGACGGGAGCAUGCCGACCGUUCGUUCAACACCCGCUUGAACCGUUUAUCCAGUCCCUGACGGCAAUUGUUACAGGUGCUAAGAAUGUAAAGUCAUCAAUCCUGAUAUUCCUCUCGUUGAUGUCUUUGUCGCCCGUGCUGAGGACCCUAACGGCCGCCACGUCUUCCGACUCGAUAUGGGCACUAUCUGCCUCACUUUUCAUCCUCAAUGCCGUUCUAGCUGAUUACAGCAGUUCAGUCACUCUCGACGGUCCGGUAAACGAGAGGUUGACAUCGGUGCUGUCUAUGAAUGCUGCGAUAUCCUCAUCCGUCGUAUUGGCAUCGCGUUUGCCGGAUGAUCUUGCUGUAUUUGCUCUGAUUCUUUUCUCGGUUCAGGCAUUUGCCUUGUUUCCGAUUUUACGUCGCCGUCUCCAGACAUGUCCUGUUGCUUUUCGCGCGGCUCUCACAUGGUGCUUAUCGCUUGCGGCGAUCAUCUUGACGAUGCCACUGUCCCGAAGUGUCACUUGGCUGUACACGCUCGUAUUGUCUUUUGUGUCUUUAGCGGCUCCCGCAGUACUAGUCUGGGCGCAAAAAUAUAAAAAUGAAAUCAGAGGACCGUGGGACGUUGCCGUUCCCCGAGUCAACGAGAGCUAGAUCUUGUGUCUAGCUCUCUGGGACUGAGGGAGGUCUUUUAUCUUCACGUCACUUUUUCAUCAGAAGGCUCGGUGAAUGAGGGCGCUCUUUCUCGUGGUUGGCGCAUGCGUUACCUCGUACCGUCAAUGCCGGUCAAAUUCACAGCCAAUAGCUGCGACGUUGUGUUAUACCCAUUCUUCGUACCUCGAUGCUACAUUUGAUCAAUCUUACGGAGCUAACCGCAUAUGUCCUUUUGCA